AUGGCUGUCUAUAACGCUCGCUGGGGGAUUCUCGCCACCGGAAGAGUCGCCAAAAAGUUCGUCCAUGACCUUCUCAAAGAUACUAAAUCUAGGAGUGCAGAAGACAUCAGUCACACCGUAACGGCGGUGGCUUCCUCAAGCAGCAUUGCGCGCGCAAAAGAAUUCAUCCGCGAAACCGGCCUCCCUGAUAAUUUGGUCGCCUACGGGUCUUACGAGGAACUAGUGAAAGACCCUAAUGUCGAUGUAAUUUAUGUCGCAAGCCCGCAUUCGCAUCACUAUCAAAACGUCCGGUUAGCUUUGGAAGCUAAUAAACAUGUCUUAUGUGAAAAAGCGUUUACUGUCAACGCGGCCCAAGCAAAGAUUCUAGUCGACCUUGCUAGAUCGAGGAAUCUUUUCUUGAUGGAGGCUGUCUGGACGAGAUUCUUCCCAUUGAGCAUCUGCGUACGCGAUAUCAUCAAACAGGGGGAGAUUGGAGAGGUCGUCCGUGUUGUGGCAGAUAACAGUAUUGGAAAUACUAAAGGAUGGGAUGCAAACCAUCGAAUGGUCAAUUUGGAUUUGGCUGGAGGUGCUUUACUUGAUAUGGGAAUUUACUCUUUAACAUGGGUCUUUCAGGUCAUGUAUCACACACUUCCGCCAUCCCAACGCAGACCACCUUGCUUAACUCAAUCCACCAUGGUCAAGUACCCAGCGACAGGCGUAGAUGAGGAUACAACCAUGCUUAUAACCUUCCCAACAACAACACCUGCUAACAACCUGCCAAAUAAACAACCUGGGGGCCGCGUCGCAGUUCGGAUUCAGGGCACAAAGGGGGAGAUCCAAGUUGAUGGACCUUGUUACAGGCCUAUGCGAUGUCGAGUCAUUCCUAAAGUGAAUGAGAUCGGAUCCUUGAGGUCAACCAGAGAGAUUGGGUUUACGUUCCCAGCAAAUGGACAUGGCAUGUAUUGGGAAGCGGAUGAGGUGGUGCGUUGCCUAAGGGAUAGGAAACUGGAGAGCGAGAGUAUGCCGUUGGAAGAGACUAUUGUGAUAAUGAAAGUGAUGGACGAAGUGCGCAAACAGAACGAUCUAAUUUACCCGGCCAAUAUUGAGUCGACUGAGUAUCCACUUGUGCUCUAA